AUGGCUARCAAAGGAGGUCCUGAAACCGAAGAACAAACCAGAUUAAGGUUUCAAGUAGAACUUGAAUUUGUGCAAUGCUUAGCUAAUCCAAAUUAUUUAAACUUUUUAGCUCAACGUGGAUACUUUAAGGAUCAGUCUUUUAUUAAUUAUUUAAAAUAUUUACUGUAUUGGAAAGAACCAGAUUAUGCAAAGUUUAUUAAGUAUCCCAUGUGUUUGUAUUUUUUAGAUCUUUUACAGCAUGAACCAUUUAGAAAAGAAAUAGCUACUGCUAUUUGUUCAAAAUUUAUUGAUGAUCAAUUAUUAUUGAUUUGGCAACAUUACACUAGACGGAGAACAAAAUUGAUUCAUACUGCAUAUGAGCACAAUAUGAAUGUGAUGAAUAAAUCUAGUGCAUCAAACAUUGGACAAGCACAAACUAAUGGCACAAAUGGAAUCAUGCCAGCUUCUAUGCCCAUUCCUAAAGUGAUGCCUCCUUAAUUUAUUAUCAUUUAUCAUUUAAGAUUAUUUCAUAACUUAUCGUUGUAUGUAUCUUUCCACGUWUAAAAAGUACAUUAUGUUUUUAUGUUGAAAUAUAAUUUUUACUUACAUAUUGUUCAUCUGAAAAUAACUAAUUAUUAUAUUAACUAUAUUUUCAUAUUACCUUAAUUGAUUUUUAAAUAAACGAAGACUUUGAAACAUACAGUUUUGCACUUGGUUGUAUUUUACAAACUUAAAAU